CCGGCCCAUUUCCAAGUCAAACCGAUCUACCCUCCACGCUCAACACUCAGCGCGUGUACGCAACGCACCACCUCCACCAUUUGAAAAGCACCCGCGAAAAAAAUGGCGACUGGACACCAAGUCCAUCGAUCCCCCGCCACUUUCGCGCCGUGUUGUAGUCCGCUUGAAAAUUUGAAGAAGUAGCAGCACUGAAUCGACUUUAAAGAGAGAGAGAAACUAGAGAGAGAGAGAGAGAGAGAGAGAGAGAGAGAGAGAGAAAUUAACCCUGUUCAUCACCACCAUUAGCGUUGACGCAUAAAAAAAGCGUUGGUUUGUGGAUUGGGUGUUGGGGUUCGGGUCGGGUCGGGCAUUUCUGUGGAUCCACCUUCUUCACCCAAAACCGCCAACAGCUACAAUCAUUCACCGACGACCAAACACAACUGAUUUUUCCUUCUAUAAUUUUAUUAAUCUAUUUUUUAUUUAUUUUUUGUUAACAGAGGAAUCAAUCAGCUACUGGAUUUUGGAACCCUCUGUCAACGAUAAUAAUACAACAUUUCAACCUAAUUUCUGAUUUUCCCACCUUUUCGAGAGAAAAAAAAGGAUUAUUUAUUUAAUUUAUUCAAAAUGAUGUACAUUGGAGAUAUGUGGAGGGAUCCAGGAACUCCAGCUGAUUCAUAUUACGAGGUCCGGGCUGAAUGCGCCGAUGACGUUCCGGAAAGCAAGUUCAGAAUCAAGAACGGCAAAACAUUAAGUGAAAGGAAAUGGAAGGCUGCUUUCUCUCCAGAUGGUUAUCUUGAUAUAGGCAAAACACUCGGUCGAAUUCAACGCGGGGGAAUCCACCCGUCAAUUAGAGGUGAAGUUUGGGAAUUUUUAUUGGGCUGUUAUGAUCCUAUAAGCUCUUAUGAUGAUCGACAGGAUAUACGACAGCGUCGAAGAUUGAAGUACGAAGUCUACAAAGAAGAGUGUAGACAAAUGUUUCACUUGGUCGGAAGUGGGAGGUUUGUCACCGCACCAAUAAUCUUGGAAAAUGGCGAACCGACUCAGGAUCCCAUUGCACUUCAGCAAAUUAAUCCUGAUGGUUCUAGCGACUGUCAUGCGUGGAAAAAAACAAAUGGCAAUGGUCCUAUGGACAAGAAAGAAAUUGAUUGGAAACUUACAUUACAUCAAAUAGGUCUUGAUGUGGUCCGUACAGACCGAACUCUCGUGUUCUUUGAGAAACAAGAAAACCUGUCGAAACUUUGGGAUAUCCUGUCCGUCUACUCCUGGUUCGAUUCAGAUGUCGGGUAUUGCCAAGGUAUGAGUGAUCUUUGCUCCCCAAUGAUUAUGCUCCUCGAGGAUGAAGCAGAUGCAUUUUGGUGCUUUGAACGCUUGAUGCGGAGAUUGCGAGGGAAUUUCAGAUGCACCGAGACCUCUGUGGGGGUGGAGUCGCAACUUAGUAAUCUUGCUUCAGUAAUACAAGUUAUUGAUCCUAAACUUCACCAGCACUUAGAGACCUUAGGUGGGGGUGAUUACCUUUUCGCUUUCCGAAUGCUUAUGGUUUUGUUUCGCCGAGAAUUCUCUUUUGGCGAUUCAUUAUACCUUUGGGAGAUGAUGUGGGCCCUGGAGUACGAUCCCGAUUUAUUCUCCAUGUACGAGGAAAGUGAUUCAUCCGCAGAUAAAUCAGAGGCUGCUAAAGAAAAGGCCAAGUCAAGGAGGCAGUGUGGAAAAUACGAAAGAGAGAAUUUGAGAAACGCAGGCCAUACACCUCUCCCUAUCUCGGUUUUCCUCGUAGCAAGUGUUCUCAAGGACAAGAGUCCUAAGUUGCUAGCCGAAGCCCGAGGCUUAGACGAUGUUGUUAAGAUACUGAACGACAUGACUGGUAAUCUCGAUGCCAAGAAAGCUUGCGCGGGAGCCAUGAAGCUUCACAAGAAGUAUCUUAAAAAGGUAUCGAUCACUCCUCACUGUGUGUGCGUGUAUGUGUUUCGUCUCUAUUUGUUUCUAAGAUUAUUGCCAUAACGAUCAAUGUUCUUGUCUCUUACACUGUUCUUUCGAUACAAUGUUCUUGCAGGUGAAGAAUGUGUCGUAAGAGGACUAGAAUUCAGCCUAUCCAAUGAAUAUGUCUCGGGAUUUGCUUUUUUUGUCGGAGUACAUAUAUACACGCCUUGAAUAUUACACCGUUGUUUGUAUGUGAAACGAUUGUUAUAUUUUUUAUUUUUUUUAUAUUUUUUUGUGUGUACUAGCUAGCAAAGACUGCUGUAGAUAUAUUUAUACAAGAAGUGAUUUUUUUAUUUUAUUUAUGUAGAUAUAAGAACAUCAAUUUUGGCACCGAACA